AUAGAGCAGUAAAAAAAAAAGCCUACUAACCACGCCUAAUCCGGAGUGGGAGGUGGUACCAAUGUUUUCAGUCUGCCCUUUGCCGGGUCACCCACUUCCUCCGUGCCGUAUCGCUGUGUACCGGAUUACACCGGGAUACAACCUGACCGAAACAUGUCUCGGGCUGCGGAGAGACUCAGACUGCUGAUCAACCAUCUCGAACCACCACCUGCCGCCAUCAGAGCUGAAACGACGGGUGCUUUGAGCUUGAACUCCAGUUACCCUCAGAGACUCAGAUACAGCUGGGAUACCGACCUGCUGACCCCAGAUCAGCGACUCUCUUAUGAGGAAAAUGGCUUCGUCCUCAUCAAGAAUCUGGUGCCUGAGGAGGACAUCGACAGGUUCAGGAGUGCGUUUGAACGGAUCUGUCGACAGGAAGUGAAAGUUCCCGGUCUGAUGGUGAUGAGGGACGUGGCCAUCGCUAAGUCAGAGUUUGUUCAGGAUCAAAAAGCGGUCUCCAAACUGCAGGAUUUCCAGGAAGAUGCUGAACUGUUCCGAUACUGCUCUUUGCCACAGAUUCUGAAGUAUGUGGAGUGCUUCACUGGACCCAACAUCAUGGCAAUGCACACAAUGCUCAUCAACAAACCUCCUGAUGCAGGGAAGAAGACGUCUCGUCACCCGAUGCACCAGGAUCUGCAUUACUUCCCCUUCCGUCCCGCAGACAGGAUCGUCUGCGCAUGGACGGCCAUGGAGAAGGUGGACAGGCAGAACGGCUGCCUGGUAGUGCUGCCAGGAACACACACCGGCACCCUGCGCGAGCACGACUACCCAGAGUGGGAGGGCGGUGUGAAUAAAAUGUACCAUGGCGUGCGUGGCUACGAUCCGCAGCAUCUCAGGGUGCACCUGGAGAUGGAGAAGGGUGACACCGUCUUCUUCCAUCCACUGCUGAUCCACGGCUCAGGCAUGAACCAGACACAGGGCUUCCGCAAGGCCAUCUCCUGCCACUAUGCCAGCGCUGACUGUUAUUACAUCGAUGUGAAGGGAACCACCCAGGAAAACAUCGAGGAAGAGGUGAAGGACAUCGCCAACAGGAAGUACGCCUUGGGCAACGAUAUAACCUUCCAGGACACCUGGGCCUUCAGAGGCCGCCUGGUGCAGGGAGAGAGGACUUCACUGUAAACGUGCCAGGCGUGCACUGCAAGAAACGCCACGUCACGACUUAGCACACAUUGGUGAUUGUGUGACUGGAUAAGAAGCAGCAGUGCACACAAGACGUGAUCAGCAAAAGGCUUGCCAUGUAGUCCCUCACUUUUAAUUUCAUUGAGAUGACUUUAGAUUAUUGUAUUGAGGCUGCAGAGUAUGUGUUUCAUUCAAAAUUUGGAAAUGUGAUGUAGAGCAUGUUGUUCCCACAGAGGAUAUAAGGACUGGAAACACUGUCAAAGGCAAAAUGAAAUAUCGGCUGCUACUUGCUCUACGGUAUUUCACAGCGCAAAGACGGAGAAACUGGGAUUUUAAUGGUGAUUAUGAAAAGUAAUCGUACGGUAUGAUUAUGAGGGUAGAGGGGGGUUCAGAGGGAGAAUAAUAAACGGGAUGUUAAAGUAGAAAUGUGUAAAUAUAAUUGUGGAUUUAACUCUUCUUAAUGAACACUAACAGAGGCCUUAUAAAUGUUCUGGUGUGUUGAUUUAGUGAAUGUUUGUGACAAAUGUUAUAUUUUAAUAACAAAUAAUAAAAAUGAUGGCUAUAUUAUUAA